AUGGCCGGCAGCGCCCUGAUUGUGUACGCCGACAGCCGCGAAGAAGUCGUCUCCAUCCUCGAGAACGACGCUUACGGCCAUGGUGGAGUGUGGGAUGUGGCGAACGCGGACAUCAAGCCUACAGUUCCGGACGGCGGUCAGGAUCCCGAUGCCAUAGAGCCAAGCGACGAGAUCGGAUCGCGCGCUGGGAUGAGACGAUGGAAGGGGAGGGAAUGA